AUGGCCGGUUCGCUUAUGCCGCAAAGCCUGUGCUGCAUAACCCCACAAUCCCCAAAUUGUUACAAGAAUGAAACCCUAGCUUUCUCCAACUCUCAGCUCUUCUCCUCCAGUUCAUCUUUUAGAUUAAAGAAACAGACUUUACCGUCAGCUAUUCGGAUUAAGAGGCGGAGGAGUCAGAAUCAUCGCUCUGUGGUUCCUGUUGUGUUUGCUUCACAGUCCAACUUCUUCAAAGUUCUGCAAACGGCAUGGAAGGUUGGGAGAGAUGGAGUUGAGGCAGGAACCAAUCUUGUCCCGAAUUCAGUACCGAGACCAGUUGCAAGGGUUUCUGUGACUAUAGUUGCAUUGACACUUUCACUGUUUGUGCUCAAAUCUUUCCUGUCUACAGCUUUCUUUGCACUGGCUACGAUGGGACUUGUAUACUUUAUAUUCAUUGCUUUGAAUAAGGAUGAAGGGCCCAGGGGGGGUGGAGGCACCACUUCAACGCCAAAGGAGGACGGGAUAGACGACAGUCUAGAAGAAGCCAGAAGAAUCAUGGAGAAGUACAAGUAACAGACACAUGGGUGGACCGUGGAAUGGAACAAGGUAUCUUCAUUGACAGAACAAAAAUCUCUCAUUUGCUGGUUUAUGCUGUUAGGAAAGGCCUAGCAUAGCGAACCUGACUGUGAGGAGCCGUCCUUUUCGGAAAGUUGACGGGAAGUUAAUUAGUUUUAAUCUUUGCAAAGCUCAUGGAGAUCUUAUUAUACACAAAAGAAUGGUCUUUUCUGUAGAAGUUGGCAUUGAUGGUAGGAAAUUGCCACGGUUAAUAUAGUUAUUAGUGGCAGCAUGAUAAAAUGAGACGGAGAGAAAGGCGUAUACGAUAAGUUACAAGACAAGAGGGAGACAGAGAGAAAUGAGUAUACGCUGCGAAGUGAUUAUCGCACUUCCUUUUAUGAGCCGUUAAGAUAUAUGGUUUACAAUCUUAUUUUCUCAAAAACUAAAGAAUUUAAUCUUUGAAUUA